CUCUCUGACAGCCAGCCAGUCCUGUUUUGUUGGAGUAAACACAAACUCCUCCUUCCCGGUGACAGGCGGCAACACUGAAGCGUCGCCUCGCCUUUUCCAAGACAAUCUGCGCUCAGGACGUACCGCUGAAGCCGUAGAGGUGGUGAGCAUCCCUGUAAGGCUUCCAGGCUGGCUGCUGCUUGAUAGACUGCUGGAAGUGAACAACAGGAUCCAAGGAUUGUGUCUCCUCACUGGACUGCGAGAGCAAACCUCCACCCCCUCCUCACCUCCAGCUUCCCUCCAACUUUUUACCGAAGACGGUGACAACAAUGUGACCACUGGACUCGACCAGAACCAUGUGACCUGCUAUUAUGGAUCUCAGAAUCAGCAUACAUUGAAUCAACACUCAUCCAGUCACAAUGGUCCCACUUCUGUUUUUGGUGGCAACCACAACAACACCCAAUUCCACUGGCAAUGGCACCCAUACACAAGAAGACGCUACAUCCCCCAGCCACCACAUCCUCCCCACUGUGCUGGUUCUGUCCCUGCUGCUGCUCAUCAUCGCACUGCUAGCCUGGUACUUCCUCAGGUUAAAAAACCAGAGAAAACCAGUCGUCACGACAGUUGACAAGAAGAUACCAAAUGGCAUCCUGGAAGAACAAGAGCAACAGACGGUGGUCCUUCUGCCCAGAUCCCCUUCAGCCUCCAAGACCUACUUCCCCAUCCCAGUCGACCACCUGGAGGAGGAGUACAGGCUCCGCUCGGCCGAUGAUGGCAAGCUCUUCAGGGAGGAGUACAAUUCCUUGCCGGGAGGUAAUGCCCACGGGACGUACGAGGAGGCCAACAAGGAUGAGAACAAGGAGAAGAACAGAUACCCCAACAUCCUUCCCUAUGAUCAUUCCAGAGUGGUGUUGACUCAGCUGGAUGGAAAUCCCUCUUCAGACUACGUGAAUGCUUCUUACAUUGAUGGUUACACAGAAAAGAACAAAUUCAUAGCAGCACAAGGUCCAAAAGAAGACACCGUAGCAGAUUUCUGGAGGAUGAUAUGGGAGCAGAAAGUAUCAACUGUUGUCAUGCUGACAAAUCUGAAAGAAAGAAAAGAAGACAAGUGUUACCAGUACUGGCCGGAUCAGGGCUGUUGGACAUAUGGGAAUGUGAGGGUGGCAGUCGAAGACUUCACUGUCCUGGUGGACUACACCAUACGCAAGUUCUGUGUACAAUAUCAAGCCAGUGAUGCUGCUAAGACUCCCCGUCUGGUCACCCAGCUCCACUUCACCAGCUGGCCUGACUUUGGAGUCCCGUUCUCCCCUAUCGGCAUGCUCAAGUUCCUCAAAAAGGUCAAGACAGUGAAUCCAUCUUUCGCUGGGCCGAUCGUGGUCCACUGCAGCGCCGGUGUAGGGAGGACGGGAACCUUCAUUGUAAUAGACGCCAUGAUUGACAUGAUGCACGCAGAGCAGAAAGUUGAUGUGUUUGGCUUCGUCUCCAAGAUACGGGAACAGCGCUCACAGCUCAUCCAGACAGAUAUGCAGUACUCAUUCAUCUACCAGGCCCUGCUUGAAUACUACCUCUAUGGAGACACGGAGCUGGACGUGUCGUCUCUGGAAGGACAUCUGCACAAACUGCACAACACCUUUGCUAACGGGGAUCGGGUUGGCCUGGAGGAGGAAUUUAAGAAACUGACCAACAUGCGAAUAAUGAAGGAGAACAUGAGAACGGGGAACCUGCCUGCCAACAUGAAGAAGAACAGAGUCCUGCAAAUUAUUCCAUAUGACUUCAACCGAGUUAUCCUCUCCAUGAGAAGAGGUCAAGAGUUCACGGAUUACAUCAAUGCGUCUUUUAUAGAUGGAUACAGACAGAAGGACUACUUCAUUGCCACACAGGGACCUCUGCAGCACACGGUGGAGGAUUUCUGGAGAAUGGUGUGGGAGUGGAAAUGUCACUCCAUUGUCAUGCUCACUGAGCUCCAGGAGAGGGAGCAGGACAAAUGUUGCCAAUACUGGCCCACAGAGGACUCAGUCACCUAUGGAGAUUACACAGUAGAGCUGAAAGGAGACACUUUGUGUGAAACCUUUAGUCUACGAGACUUGGUACUCACCUUUGUCCCGGAGAAGCAGACGAGGGUGAUCAGGCACUUCCACUUCCACGGCUGGCCGGAGAUUGGCAUCCCGGCCGAGGGAAAAGGCAUGAUCGACAUCAUCGCCUCAGUGCAAAGACAGCAGCAGCAGUCUGGGAACCAUCCCAUCGUCGUACACUGCAGCGCUGGUGCAGGGCGAACAGGUACGUUCAUUGCACUGAGCAAUAUCUUGGAGCGGGUCAAGGCAGAAGGGCUGCUGGACGUGUUCCAAACUGUGAAGAGUUUACGUAUGCAGAGGCCCCAUAUGGUCCAAACUGUGGAACAAUAUGACUUCUGCUACAGGGUGGUACAAGACUUUGUCGACAUUUUCUCAGACUAUGCCAAUUUUAAAUGAUGAGAUUUGCCUUAAACACGGUUUUUAAUGUUGUUUUCUAAAGCAGGUUUGUCAGUUUUAUGUGUUUCCUUAACUUGGUCAAAUGAUCUUCUAUUUUGCUAUGCACUUGUCCUACCAUUAACUCAAGCUCCUUUCUCGCUGUAAUAUACGGUAUGUCAGUGGAUGAAAAUUGUAAAUGGAAAAAAAGGCUAGAUUAAUAAUGUAUAUUUCACAACAUGUAUGAUAAUUACUUUGUCAUGAAGUGUUGUUUCAAAGUUGGUCUCUGAUUUCAGUUUUGUUGUAUAAUAUUGUACUUUAAAUGUUUAUCUAAGUGUUAUUUUGAAUUGACCACAUAAUAUUUUUAAAAGUUGUAGUUAUUGUAAAUGUAUUUAUGUAUUGACAAUGACAUUCCUCUCUUGUGCUUGGAGAACAUGACGGGAAUGUUAAGAUUUCAUUUUGGUUUAUUUUGUUGGUGUUAAUUGUAAACAUACAUUCUUUCAUUUAUUGAUGACUUCUGAGAUUAGAGGCGAUAUUGAAACUAUUUUUCAUUGUCCUCAAGCUACAUGCCCAUCCCGAAUGUGAUACUCUUUCCAAUGGAAAUAUUGUCAGAAAAAAAGAAUGAAUCGUUUCAGCCGUAUUUGCAGAUAGCGCGAAGUUAUGCAGCAAAGGCUGAGGUGAUGAUAAUGGGGUUAAUUAUCAAUAAGGAUUCAGGCAGAAGUUUCACGGUUGGACGUAUCACAGAGUCAUGAACGACCAUUAAACUGCUUUUGUACCUCAAAAAGUGGUAUGCAAAUGCAUUUAACAUGGAUGUACUACAGUCUGCCUUUUGUCUGUAGACAGCAAAAAGUAUUUGCUAAAAUGACUGCACAUUAAAAAGCACAUAACUAAGCCUUUUGCCAAGAACCUGUAAUAUUGAAGACUAUGUUUAUUGCUUUAUUUGUAUCGUAGAUGAGAAAUUUUUCACAAAUUAGUGCCAUAUGUACUUUUUUAAGACGCGAAAUAGAAGAACAAUGAUAAGGUGAAGGCAGAGUGAAGAAAUGUGAUCUGAGAAAAGGUGAAGUGUGAUCACCAAAUGCAGUAGAGUCGAUUUUGCAAUGCAGUUAACACACAGGAAAGUAAUAAAAGCAUUAUAUUAGUCCCGAGUCCUGUAAUGGCAAAAACCGCAAUACACAAAUGUGGUGCUUCAGUGCCUGCUUAACCCCAGAGAAACAAAAAAUAAAAACACCCCAUACUAUCAAUGUUGAGUUCCGUUUUGUUUUAGAAUAUGGUUUGUUUUACCACAGUGGUAGAAAAAAAAGAGGAUCCAGAAUGUUUCAAAUAAAGAUCUCUAGUGGUAGCUUCAUUCUUUGGAAAGUAUCUGAAUGUUAAGCAGCUUUUCUGUGCAUUUCUUCUGAGGUAGUAACUCUGACCCAUCUGGUACUCCAACGUUGAUUAAUUUUGUUGAUGCUGUAUGUAAAUACUACAUGACAAAGUGCUAACAUUGUGGAAGUCGCUGAGCAGCAAAGAACUGUCAAGUGAUUGGUCAUAUUUUGUGCGUUACAUGUAUCUGUCUGUGGGAGAUGUGAGGUGCAGCACAAGAAGAAACAGACCUAACAAAACAAGCCGAGUCUAUUUUCCCAUGACUCCUUUUCUGUCCAUGCCGUCCUUUUUGAGAAUAUCCAAGAGGGUCUGUUCAAACUGCAGCUCUUUGCUCUCUCUGGUUGGUCUAUCCCUUUUUGGACUUUCAGUGUCUUUGAAAUGCAAGUUGCAAUAUUAAAUUCAUCCAAAAAUGAAAA